GAACGGUGAACGUUAGAACCGGUUUUUCAUUUUCAACGUCUAGUAGCUUACUGCUAACAUUUGAAUAAGUUAUUGUGUAUUGUUAAAUAAGUAAAUAAAAAGUUGUACAAAGAUAACGCUGUUGAACUGUAUAAUUUUAUCAAAGUCAAUAAAGUGAAACUGUACUUAAAAGGAGUGAUCAAAACGAAGUGAAACGUCAACAUUAUCAUUGCAAAUAAGAAUUCUUAAAUACUGUUUUAAUCGUUAAAUAUUUCAACAGUUUUUAAAGAUCUUUUAAAACAAGUUCUAUUCGAAAGUUACGAAAAAGAUUAACGGAAGAAUAUUAAAAACGUUCCAAAAGGAAAGUUGAAUUCUAUGACAGGAUAAUCGUCUCCUCGUGUGCAGCAAAGAUGGCCGAGUUGAAGGAGCAACCAAUCAGAAGGGAGCACAAUUCAAUGGACGACUUCGAGCCUCUCGAAUACGUCCAGGAUGGAAUAUCGAGCCACCUUGAGGAUAACAACGAAAAAUUAGAGGAAAGUACGAAGCAGAAUAUGGAUACGGAAAAGGAUAUGAUUAAUUUUUCUCUCAAUCAAUCGUCGAACGAACCUGAAGAUCCUAGAAAAGCGACAAUGUUACUGCUAGAGUCGGAAAAAGGAAGACCGGCUGAAGAAAGUAACUUUGAGGUUAGAUCGAAGGAAUCAGAGAUUGAUUUGUUGAUGGGUAAAAUUGAGGAUCAAUCAGAAGUUUUGAAGGUUGAGCCAGUAAGUAAAAAAGAAGAAGAAAAGAAAGAAAUUAUGGAAAAGGAAGAGGUUAAGGAGACAAAAGUUCCGGAUCGUGAAGCAGAAAUCGUGUCCAUCUCGGAGAAAAAGCCGGAUGACUCGUCGAACGUCACUGCAAAGUCUCCACCUGUUUCGGAGCCGAUUUCGAAAGAGGAGAAAAAAGAAGAAAGUGUAAGUGAAUAUGUGAUUGGCGAUGCAGAGAAAAAGGAACGAAUCAGUGCACCGGAAAGCGGCGAUUCGGAGUACGAGUCUGAGGUAGAAGCGUCACCGGCGAAGAACAAAUCGGCAAAACAAGAAGUAAGAAGAGAUCAAGUGGAGGAAGUGGAAAUUGCACCAAAAGAGAUUUUCAGCAGUAUGGGAAUCGACGCAUGGUUUAACCCCGAUAGACUGAAUCCAAAAGUGGCCUACUGGCGCGAUCCAAAGAAGACUGGCCCCGUUUUCGGGUGCAUACUUGGAGUGCUUCUGUCGUUAGUGUACUUCAGCCUGAUUAGCGUCUUCGCUUACUUGUCUCUCCUCGUCCUCGCCGGCACAAUCGUCAUUAGGAUCCACAAUACCGUCCUUCAAGCUAUCCAGAAGACUUCCGAUGGACAUCCCUUCAAAAACGUUUUGGAGAUGGACCUGACAUUGCCCGCGGAAAAAGUGCACGAAGUAGCAGACGUUGCUGUGGCACACGUGAACGCGGCGGUCAGGGAACUCCGCAGGCUCUUCCUGGUCGAGGACUUCGUCGACUCUUUGAAAUUCGGUGUCCUGCUCUGGAGUUUGACCCAUGUGGGUUCUUGGUUCAAUGGAAUGACUCUAAUAAUAAUCGGAGUUGUCGCUCUGUUCACGCUACCUAAGGUCUACGAGACAAACAAGGCACAAAUCGAUCAAAACGUAGCCCUGAUGCAAGGCAAGAUUAACGAGCUCACUGCUAAAGUAAAAGCUGCGAUACCGUUCGGCAAAAAAGAGCCAACAAAGGAGGAAUAAACAUAAAAGCAUACCACCACGCGGGGGCAAGAGAAACUUAAGCGAGUUUGUCGGACAGUUGUGGAAUCCACGCAGGAAUGAAAGAGAGCGAGAGAGGAAAAAACAGUGAACACUCGUCAAAGAAAGUUGAAAAGAUAAUUUAAAAAAAUCCAAAAAAAAAAAACAACAAAGAAAUCAAUACGGUUAAAAAUGGUAAAUGAUGGCGAGAGAAAAAUACUUCGCGAGAAAACGCAGAACAAUACAGAGGAAAGUAAACCGCAGAGAAAAGACGAAAUGUGUAGUAACGCCAGCGGCAAA